CAACACUCGUUUGGAAUUGGAACAAACAACCAUUAAAUAAUACGGUUCCCGCCAAAUAAUUCGUUGGCAUCAAUUCGUUUUUGAACCAACGAGACAUGUCGGACGAGGCAGCUAAGAACGAAUUUAUCUUGAGGCCGAUGAGCUGCGAAUUGAAUCAACUGUCCAUGCCAGAUGGAUCGGCAAUGUUGAUGCACGGUGACACCGCAGUGGUCGCUGGGAUUUAUGGGCCCAUAGAAGCAAAGCCACAGAAAAUGAUUUACGACAAAGCCUCGGUGGAAGUUUCAUACAGCCCAAUCAAAGGCCCAGCUAAGGUGGAUGACAGACUGACAGAGAUGUACAUAAAGGAGACCUGUGAAGCUGCAAUAAUCGUCACCUUCCAUCCGGCAACGGCCAUAUGCGUUAACAUACAGGAAGAAGAAGAUUCCGGUGGCAUAUUGGCUUGUACGAUUAAUGCAGCUUGCCUGGCCCUCAUCAACGCUGGCAUCCCAAUGAAAUUUACCAUUGCAGCCGUCAGCUGCAUGAUAGAAGAAGACACCGGCGACAUCGUGUUGGAUCCAGAUAGUAUUAAAUUACAGAACGCCAGGGCGGAGUUCACCUUCGCGUUCGACAGUAUGAAGAAAGAUGUCGUAUGUUGUCACACCGCCGGCUGUUUCACCGAAACGGAGUUCUUGGAGGCAAUGGACAAAUGCAAGCAAGCUAGUCAAUACGUCUUCGAUUUUUAUAGAAACCUUGUAAAAAAGUACGCGAACGUCAUUUAAUACAUACAAUUUCAAAGCAA